AUGAAUUUCUCAACGCUUGGAGAAAACGCAACCACCACACCUACUCCUGAAUAUACCAACACAUCCAUUGACAUCCCAUUCGUUCAAAUCGACUUGACGGUCGCGCUGGUGUUUUCAAUACUUGACCUCGUUGGAAUCAUGCUCGCCACAUUGGCUAACGUAUUUCUAAUCGGAUUAGUUCUCAGCCAUUCAGAUCUCCGAAAGACCACGGACGUAUUCACGUCGAGUCUCUGCGUCUCCGAUCUUCUGGCCAGCGUUCUGUUUCAGCCUUUUGUGAUACGUAGAUUGUUGGCGCGAGAACCGAAUCAGCCUUACGAGUGGGCCGUCAGAAGAGCGAUCGGCCAAGCCACUCUCUCUGCAAGCUCUAUGAGCCUUCUCACAGCCACUAUGGAUCGCUAUAUUGUACUACGUUGGCCACUUCGCUAUGAAAAUAUCAUCUCCAAACGGACCGCGUUUUUCGUGAUCAGCGGGAUAUGGUUGGCAUCAUUCGCCAUGGGCGCGACCGCGUACUUUAAACGAAACCUGUCAGCGGUUGUGUUUCCCAGCAUUCUUGGGGUGAUCGUAGCUUCCAUCGUCGCGACACAAGUUUCAAUUUUUAUCAUCGCUAGGAAACAGGUGAAGAAGAUAUGGAAACACUCACGGUCAAAUGACAAGGGGAAAAAAUUGCUUUCAAACAUGCGAGCGACUAAAACUAUCGCUUUAUUAUUGACAGUCUUCUUACUCAGCUGGCUACCGUCCACAAUUUUCAGAUUUUAUGAACGUCUUUCUGGCGGAGAUAACACGACGUUUCAUACGUGGCUGCAUCCGCUGAACACGCUCAUUCAGAUUCACUGCUCCCUAGAUCCAUUCCUCUACGUGUUGCGCAACCAAAGAUUCAAGAAAGCCAUUGCAAAGGUUGUAAAGCGGUGCUGUUAA